AUGGAGCUGCUGUGGACGCCCCUGCUGCUGGUAGCUUCUUGUGUUGCUGCUGUGCUGGGCUCGCCAGAGGUGGAUCUCAAAGAGGUAUCCCAGCCCCUGCACAUCCGGGAGGAAGGCAACCUGCUGGUGCUGACGUCAGCGGGUCUGACCCAGAUGUUGAACCAGACCCGCUUCCUCAUGGUGAUUUUCCACAACCCAUCCUCCAAGCGAUCCAGGAAUCUGGCUGAGGAGCUGGGCAGAGCUGUGGAGAUCAUGGGUAAAGGCAAGAAUGGGCUUGGCUUCGGCAAAGUGGACAUCACCACUGAGAAGGAGCUUCAGGAGGAAUUUAAUAUUAAAAAGGCCCCAGAGGUGAAGCUGUUUUUUGAAGGCAACAGGUCUGAACCCAUCAGCUGUGAAGGUGUGGUUGAAUCUGCUGCCUUGGUGGUUUGGUUGAGAAGACAAAUUAGCAAGAAAGCAUUUUUGUUCAACAACAGCCAGCAGGUUGUGGAGUUUGUGAGAUCCAGGCCUUUGGUCAUCGUUGGCUUCUUCCAGGAUUUAGAGGAAGAAGUAGCAGAAUUGUUCUAUGAUGUGAUCAAAGACUUCCCAGAGCUAACUUUUGGAGUGAUAUCGAUUCCCAAUACCAUUGGGCGGUUCCACGUCACCCUCGACAGUGUCCUGGUGUUCAAAAAGGGAAAAGUUGUGAACCGCCAGGAGCUUAUUAAUGACAGUACCAAUAAGCAAGUCCUCAGUCAAGUCAUUAAACAGCACCUCACAGAUCUUGUUAUUGAAUACAACACCGAGAAUAAGGAUCUGAUUUAUGAGUUGAACAUCCUGAAUCACAUGAUGCUGUUUGUCUCCAAAAGCUCAGAGUCAUUUGGUACCAUAAUUCAGCAGUAUAGGUUGACAUCAAAGGAAUUCCAAAACAAGAUCCUUUUCAUCCUUGUGAAUACCGAUGAACCCAGAAACAGACGUGUCUUCGAGUACUUCCGGAUCACCGAGGUUGAUAUCCCAUCUGUCCAAAUCCUAAACUUAACCUCUGAUGUGAGGUAUAAAAUGCCUGCGGAAGAGAUAACCUAUGAAAACCUUAAGAAAUUCGGCAUCAGCUUCUUGAGUAGAAGUGCCAAGAAACAUCAAUCCAGUGAAGAGCUUCCAAAAUAUUGGGACCAGGGACCGGUUAAGCAGCUCGUGGGAAAGAACUUCCACAUAGUCGUCUUUGACAAGGAAAGAGAUGUGUUUGUGAUGUUCUAUGCGCCCUGGUCUAAAAAGUGCAGGGCGCUAUUCCCACUGUGGGAAGAAUUGGGCAGAAAGUAUCAAAACCACUCCACAGUCACCAUCGCCAAGAUUGACAUCACGGCAAACGACAUUCAGCUCAUGAACCUGGACCGGUACCCAUUCUUCAGGUUUUUCCCCAUCAACUCUGAACAAGGUGUAAUAUAUAAGGGAGAAUAUACUGUGAAGGGCUUUUCUGAUUUCCUGGAAAGUCAAAUCAAUACCAGGAUUGAGGAAGAGGACGAGAUAUUAUUUGUUGAGCAAAGCGAGCUGGUAGAAGAGAAGGUAUUGCCUGAGGAAGAGGAGGAAACUUUUGAGAAGAAAGAGUUAUCUGAGCAGAAGUUGCCUGUGCUAGAGAACGUGACCAGGCUGGAAGAGCCAGAUGGGCAGAAGGAACUAGUGGAGGAGGUGGCUAAGCCAAUGGGACCUCCAAGACAAGAGAAGAAACCAAGAGUCAAGGAAGAACUUUAG